AUGAACGCUGAGACUUGCGUCUCUUACUGCGAGUCGCCGGCUGCAGCCAUGGACGCCUACUACAGCCCGGUGUCGCAGAGCCGGGAGGGCUCGUCGCCUUUUAGGGCAUACCCCGGCGGCGAUAAGUUCGGCACAACUUUCCUGUCGGCCGCCGCCAAAGGGCAGGGAUUCGGGGACGCCAAGAGCCGGGCCCGCUACGGCGCGGGGCAGCAGGACCUGGCGGCACCCCUGGAGAGUGGCGCCGGGGCGCGGGGCUCCUUUAACAAGUUCCAGCCCCAACCCCAGCCGCCGGCCCCGCCGCCGUCGCAGCCGCAGCCCCAGCCGCCCGCGCAGCAACCGCAUCUCUACUUGCAGCGAGGCGCCUGCAAGACGCCCCCGGACGGAAGCCUCAAACUCCAGGAAGGCAGCGGCGGCCACAACGCGGCCUUGCAGGUCCCCUGCUACGCCAAAGAGAGCUCCCUGGGUGAGCCAGAGUUGCCGCCCGACUCUGACACCGUGGGGAUGGACGGCAGCUACCUCGGUGUGAAGGAGGCUGGGGUGAAGGGGCCCCCGGACCGGGCCAGCGCUGAGCUCCCCAGCCCGCUGGAGAAGGCUGACGCGGAGAGCAACAAGGGCAAGAAGCGGCGCAACCGCACCACCUUCACCAGCUACCAGCUGGAGGAGCUGGAGAAGGUCUUCCAGAAGACCCACUACCCCGACGUGUACGCGCGGGAGCAGCUGGCCAUGAGGACGGACCUCACCGAGGCCCGCGUGCAGGUCUGGUUCCAGAACCGGAGAGCCAAGUGGAGGAAGAGGGAGCGUUUUGGGCAGAUGCAGCAGGUUCGAACCCACUUCUCCACCGCCUACGAGCUGCCCCUGCUCACCCGAGCUGAGAACUACGCCCAGAUUCAGAACCCGUCCUGGAUCAGCAACAAUGGGGCUGCCUCGCCAGUGCCAGCCUGCGUGGUCCCGUGUGAGCCGGUGCCUGCCUGCAUGUCCCCUCACGCCCACCCCCCUGGCUCCGGGGCCAGCGGCGUCACCGACUUCCUGAGCGUCUCUGGGGCUGGCAGUCACGUGGGCCAGACGCACAUGGGCAGCCUGUUCGGAGCCGCCGGCCUCAGCCCGGGCCUCAACGGCUACGAGCUCAACGGCGAGCCGGACCGCAAGACCUCGAGCAUCGCGGCCCUGCGCAUGAAGGCCAAGGAGCACAGUGCGGCCAUCUCCUGGGCCACAUGACGGCACCGCCGGCCCUCCCCGCGCCCGCCCCGCGCUCUCCAGGCCCCCAGCCUCCCACUCGACUC